CCAGAUUCCCACGAGUCUGCACAAUCUAUAUAAAGCGACGUAUUCGUCGCUAUUUAUUUUGUAGAGAUCAAGCCUUCAAUUACCUCACAGAACGAUCAACUUACCUCGAAGUGAACAUUAUCCACCCGACACUUUCAAGCAAUCCACUCACAGGCACAGAGGUGAUCGGCAACAACCUAACAGCCACAAUGAAACCAACUCAGAUCAUUUCUGCUAUAACAUUCUCGGCGCUCGCAGCGUCUGUCUCCGCAAAGACGGAAUUUCAUGCCAACUACGAAGAUGGCACCCUAAGCUCUGGACACCCGACGACAGGCCCCUUCCGAAUUUGGAUUCCUGGAAUCGAGCCAGGCCUCGCCGUGGCCAAGGACGCCUGUUACAUGGUGAAGGGUGGCGCGCACAACACGAAAUGGGCCGUCGCGAACAAGGUGACCUUGGACGACCCGGCGUACAUCGGCGGCAAUUUCCCUCGCAGCGAAUUCGGCUUCGGGGGCCCAAGAGGCACCUCCUACCAUUCGGGUGACCGCGGCGCAUACAGCUUCAGCAUGCAGUUUCCGGAUCUCGUGCCCUCCGUGAAGGGAGAUCGCCCGGCGCCUAUGGAGGACGUGGUCUGGCAGUUCAAGCAUCACGACGGCGGUCACGAUAUCCAUCUCGCGCUCGUGGGUGUCAAUCUUGUGCUCGGCUGGGGCGGGAAUGUCUAUAAGCAAGUCAUCAUCGACGAUGUCAUGCCGUAUGUAAAUAAGUGGAUGGAUUUUCACUUCGAGGUACUCUGGAAGAACGACACCACGGGCUGGUUCACUCUAGACAUGAAACUGCCCGGAGAACGCAGAUUCGGGCACAAAAUCAAGAAGAAGGGUAUUCAAACGUUCGUGACCGCCAGUCCCGAUGGCACGCUGUGGGGAGAUCAUGGCAUGAUCCAGUACGGAGUGUAUCGCCAUUCGGCUAAUUCUUCAGCUGGCGACACAAAGACGCUCAUCAUCUGGCACGAUGAGGUCACGGCGAUCAACUUCAGCCAGCCGCCCGACCAGAUGCCGCCCGUCUAGUAGGGCAUGCAUCGCUGCAACGGCGGACCAGGGCGCUCUCGAAGCAAAGCUCGCACUUUGCUCACUACGGCCAGCUAAAGAUUUGCCCAUCUUGGGAGCUGGCGACUCUGUUUCUGGCUUCCAUAGGGGGGUGGGGGCAUUGUUAGAGUGUCACAUGAGGAAAAGGGGUAACCGCCGCUGAAGGCACAGGCACCAACAGGCACAGGCUGAUGCCUGCUGUCUUUGUUAGGAGGAUUUCUUUAUUUUGCAUUGGUUCUUUAUUUUUUUGUCGUGCGGUUAGAACUAGAACAUGCAGGAAACCGCGUG